CAAGCUCAUUUCCUAUUGGACGAAGAGAUGAGUGAGUGAUGCCGGUGUGGAGCACCUGGUAGUCAGUCAUCGCCCAGACUCAGUGGAGCUGCGCAUCGUACGGAGCGCACAGCAAUGCGGACGAAGAAGGGCAAAAAACCGAGGGGAAUAGUCCGUUUUUCCUCCAACAUGCCGGCGAGUCGGGGCUCCGCUCGGUCGUACAGAAUGAUUUAAAGGGGAUUACGUCUACGACACCACACAGGAAAAAAGGGGCAUUCGCUGCCUUGGAAUCGGCUCCGUGACGGAUAUUUUCCCGACUAAACCGCAACCCCUAUUUCUACCCCCAGUCCCAAGCGCGUGGAAUAGUCAGCUAAAAACACGAUGAUUGCUUGAAUAUUUUGUCAUUUUUUUAAAUUUUAUUUUCCCAGCGUCGCGUUCUGUUUUUUUUUUUUUUUUUGUUUGUUUUUGUUUUGUGGUGUCAAACUCGCCAUGGUGGACUCCCCUACCAUGAGGAAGACUUUAGUGGUCCCAGACAUAAAGCCAUUGGAUGUGUAUGAUUGUACUAGAGCAAAGAUCUGCGCAAGUGUCGGAUGGCUGUUGGCGAAGUCCUACGGCAGUGCAGAAAGUGUCCCUGCAGAACUCCGUGACCCCUUCUACUGUGACCAGUAUGAGCAGGAGCACCUUAAACCGCCAGUCACGCGCCUCCUGCAGUCCUCAGAGCUCUACUGCCGGACGCACGGCCUAUUGCUGGGGGGCGCCGGCGCCAAGGCACAGCCCAAAGACAACGGCGCCCUGCUGCAGCUCCUCGCUGAGAGUGGCCCGGUCCCCACAGACCAGGGCAAACCGGUGACCGACGCAGACCUCCGACGCAAACCCAUCAAAAUGAGUGCUCACCUGGCAAUGAUGGAUGCCUUGAUGGCGAUGGGAGCUAUGGAGACGGUGACUGUGGCAAAGAGACGUGGUUCUGCCGAGCUACUGGGUGGAGCCUCUAAGUGGGAGGAUGCUCUGCUUCAUUGGGUUAAUGAGUUAAACCAGAAGUUAAGAGAACGCACUGAAGGAGCCCAGAAUGACGCGUCUCAGGCAAUUACGGAGCCUGAACCUGUUCAACCCUCUUGCCCUACUCGCUGGUACUGGAAACUUGUUCCUCUCCGCUACCGGAAGGAUAAAAUGCAUUCCAAACAAAAGCCCAUCUUUCCAAUGGUGAAUGAAGUAAAAGACCUGUCCACUGGUUGUGCUGUUGCUGCAGUCAUACAUUACUAUUGUCCUGGCCUGCUAAGACUUGAAGAUGUUUGCAUGAAGGAGUCCAUGUCCGUGGCGGACAGUCUGUACAACCUGCAGUUCAUCCAUGAAUUCUGUGACAGCUGUCUGAAGAGUUGCUGUCACUUGUCACUGGAGGACAUGCUAUACACUCCACAGGAGCUUCAGCUCAACUUGCUGAGCUUCUUGGGGGAACUCCUUAGCUGGUUUGAGGUGCAACGGCCAGAAUUUGUUCAACCAGUAGACUCAUUGGAUGGAUCCACACCAGUAACGCCAAGUAGCACGAGUGGUAGCAGAACCUCCCCUUCUAUCUUCAAGAAGCCUUUCCUACCCAUCUCCUCUCCUGCUUCAGGAUCUUUGACUCAGUCUACCUCAAUGUCUCAUAUAGAAGGAGUUGGAAAGACAUGGAGCAAAAAACCUCUCAGCCGCCCCAUGUCAGCGGUAUCCUUCAGCAUUCCUUUUGGCUUGGACAGUGAUGUAGACAUUGUGAUGGGCAACCCUGUGAUAACCCGCUCUUUGAGCUCGGACCAACUCAACCCAGCAACCCCUCCUGAAGACCUCAGCCAUUUGCUGAGCAAACCCCCUGGCUCCAACGGGCCACAGCGAGCUUCUUGGGCCACCCACCCUCAGAGUAUUCCAAGGAUGGCGGAGGAGAACGGCCUCGCGUCCAGUGAAACGGGAGAGCUGCCUACCAUUGAAGAGGCUCUCCAAAUUAUCCACAGCAACAGCAAGCUGGAGCCUCGUUUACACCCUGAUGGUGCUCCUGAUGGUUUCUACCUCCACUCUCCCGAUGACCCUGCUGGUUCCAGACAUAAAAACUCAACCCCCACAAGCUGCUCUGCCCCGACGCGCUCAGGAAUGAUGUACCGGCCCACUGGAGAGUCCAAGGCCCACACUCGCAUCAGAAACGCCUCUGAAUGUUCUCGAGACGAUGACUCGGUCUUGAGAGACGGCAGUGUAGACUCCGAUGCAUCGGAAGACUUUCCUAAAACCCAGUCCACUCCAACCACGCCAGCUGCUGGUUCAAACUCUGCCAGGGCCAACGGCACAGAGGCGUCUGACAGUGGCGUGAAGAUGACCAGCUUUGCAGAACGCAAGAAGAAACAGAUUCUGGAUUCUCCGAAAGCCAGCGACAACGCUGCUUCUUCUCCGAUGACCACAUGGGCGCAAAAGUCUGAAGAAAGCCCGGGCAAGAGCCCUCAACUCAACAACGAGGUUUCGGAGCUGGGAACUCGGCUUGAAGAAAAGCGCAAGGCCAUUGAAGCCCAGAAGAAACGCAUUGAGGCCAUUUUUGCAAAGCACCGACAAAGACUUGGGAAGAGUGCCUUUCUGCAGUUGAAGAAGGAGCAGAGUGAGGGGGAAGGGGGGGAUGGCCAGAUCAGCGCCGCAGACCUCUCCCGUGUGACACUUGAAGAAAGGCUAGCUCAAAUGGAAGAGGAAGAGCAGCACGAACAGCGCCCCUCGGUGGAGGAUAACGGUAAUGUCAAAGUAGGACUUCCGCUCAACAAACAGGCCAGUCACUCCAAAGAAAGGGCAGGUACACCAGGAGAGAAGGGCCCGGUAGCGCCACUCGGGGACUAUAACAACGCCGUAUCCAAGCUAACGGCAGCUCUUAGCUCUCUGCAAAGUGACAUGCAGCGGCUGACUGAGCAGCAGAACCACUUGAUCAAGAAGAAACCCGUAGUUUCCAGUCCUAAAACCUCCCAACCUCCCGCCCAGGCCCCUUCGCGCCUCUCGCGUGAAUCGACCAGAGAUUUCAAUUCAACCGCCUCCUCCUCUCCAUCCCACAGAUUAAUAAACCACACCACUCCGCCUAAAUCCCCUAGAGUCCAACGGAGAGCCCAAUCUGUGCCCCCCAAAAGCCCCAAACACACCUUCUUGGACGUUAAGGUGCCAGCCAUCUCAAGGGUCAUGACCGCACCUCAAAACGUGGACUGCAUUUCCCAUCGCCGUCGCGUAGAGCAUUUGAAAUCCCAAAACCAGACUUUGUCCUCGCUCUCCUUUGGUGACUCGGGCGACACCGAUGAGCUGCGCUCAUCCGGACCAACUCCCGUCACCACACCAGCACCCAGCCCCGUACCGACUCAUACCCCCACUCCCCGUCCCGAUGACGCAAUGUCCGAGGUAGGCUCCAAUGACGAUCACAGUAUAUUUAGCAUGGACCUGGAGGCCGGGUCCUCGCAUGGUUUUUUGGCCAGCAAGGAAAGGGUUGCAGAUGGGGGCUGCAGCUCUGGUGCCCCAUCGGAGUGCUCCUUCGAGAGCGACGCCACGGCAGGGAUGUUGAACGGCAAACGCAGCAGCCUCAUAGAGAUCUCGCUGUCUGCGUUGCGGGGAAACGGGGAGGAGGAGGACAACCAAGUACCGGACGCUUUCUCCGAUUCAAUGAGUGACCUGGCAGAGCCCGAGGGGAAAGGAGGUGUUGGUUUCUUUUUCAAGGAUGACAAGGAGCGACCAGAAGAUGAGAUGGCCCAGCGAAGAGCAGCUUUGCUGGAGAAACAGCAGAAGAGAGCAGAAGAGAUGAAGAGACGCAAACUUGAGCAGGAAAAAGAAAAGGAAUUAAACAAGCCUCAGUGGAUGAUCAUCGAAGGCUGGGCAAACAAGAGUGAUGACGGAACCAAAACUCCAGGCACCUCUCCAACACCACGCACCCCACCAGUUGAGGGGACGCCUCAGCGCAGAGGAGACUUCACUCGGCUGGAGUAUGAGAGGAGACAUCAGCUGAAGAUCAUGGAAGACUUGGACAAGGUGCUGAGGCAGAAGCCCACCACGGUCCGCGGUGUCAAGAAGCAAAGGCCCAAGGCUGUGUUCAGAGAUGACUCCGUCCUCUCUCACAGCCCUGUCAGGGGUUUCAUGGGCACCAAGGUGUACUCCCGCUCAACCAUGAACCUGUCCUCCAUGGCCAAUGAAUCCGGAGGCCUAACUGUCAGGAAGUCUCCCAGCCGUUCACACUCCCCCUCCAGGCUCAUGUCCCCUAAACGAGUGAGUGCUCACAACGGAGAGAAGGACUGGGACAAUGGCUCCAAUUUUUCCUCCCCUGCCUCGAUCCCAGAAUAUACAGGACCAAAGCUGUACAAGGAGCCCAGCUUUAAGUCCAACAAGUUCAUCAUCCAUAAUGCCAUCACCCGCUGCUGCCUGGCCGGCAAGGUCAAUGAACCACAGAAAAACAAGAUUGUAGAGGAGAUGGACGCGAGCACGGGCAACCACUUCCUCAUCCUCUUCAGAGAUGCCAGCUGCCAGUUCAGAGCAGUUUACACCAUGAACCCUGAAACUGAGGAAAUGGUGCGGCUCACUGGUAUCGGCCCACGGAUUAUUGCACCCGAGAUGGUCGAGUCCAUUUACAAGUACAGCUCUGACCGCAAGCAGUUCACCGCCAUCCCGUCCAAAACCAUGUCCAUGAAUGUUGACGCUUUCACCAUCCCCGGUCACUUUUGGCAAAAGCGCCCAGGAACUCCCAAGAAGCUCGGCACCCCCAAAUAAUGUCGGAGAGCUGGGUGACGACGGCCAGAGAUUUCACCGUUCAGGGAACCAGCUCCCAGCCUGACCAGCUCCACCUUUUCCUCCGUUACAGCCAAUGAGGGACUGAGAUGUUCGAAAAACCGGCUAACUAACGGUGGCCAGCAUGACUGGUUGGGCUUUGGGCCAGCUAUCGACCUGGACCCCGAGAGCAAGCCGGUUGACUCAACAUGCCGAGAGAAAGGGACAAUCACUCACUCAUUCAGCCAAUGUAGUUAAAAUAGUUUAUCUCUGGAGGGCCUUUUGAUUGGCUCAGCCUGGUCUGCGAUUGUAAAAUGUAAUGCGACUAAUUCUGUUGGGAUAAAGAAUUAUCUUUCCCUUGGGCCCUGCCUCCUCAUGCCUUGCCUUACCCGCCCCUCGAGUGAUUUUUGCAACUCUUACGUAAGAAAAAGAGCGGACAGCCACACUGCCUUUGCCCACACAGUAUUUUGGGCCAGAGUAGUUUCCACCCCUCUCAAUUCUGCUUGCUUUUCCUUUUUGCUGCCUUUUCUUUCUUUUUUUUUCUUUUUUUUUUUCAAAGUUCACCCUCUUUAGUCUGGUGAAAUGAGUGGCUCUGAUCGGAGAUCUUGGCUUAAAAUGAAUGGCAGAAAUGUCUGUUCUCAUUCAGAUGUAGGCCACACGCCAACCCCUCAUUCCAUUCAAGGGUGUUUUCACUGGACCAAAAAGGAUCGUUGGUGGUUCCUCUAUGGGCCGCUGUGGUUGUCAUUGGACUUGCACACUUAAAAAAACUGCCUAUGCCCCCAUUGUUUUGCGCAUUCCACUCCAUUCCAACUUUUUCAGCCGUAGACAUCUGGAUGUUUUUUUUAUACUGUUGUGGCAUUUCUUUGCUGGACAAAUUGCUUCAGCCUUUGAGCGCUGAAAGAAGAAUGAAAUUCAUGUACCUUUUUCCACUUAAGUUGCUUUCUCAUUUUCAAAAUGUGAUGAAUUGAAAUGUUAUCUGAGCUUAUCUUGAAAAGAAAUACUGGAAAAAUGAAGGAGGGCUUUACCAUGUUUAUUAUUUCUUUGAUACAGCUAUUUGUGAAAAUGAUAAUCAAUGCUGAUUUAAUAUAUACUGAAUGCUGAUCUCUUCGAUUUUUUGACAAUGAUUUGUAAAAAGUAAGUUGACCUUUGUAAGCUACGAAUAAGCUAGCCUGCUGCUUAAGCAUUAGUGAGAUGUAUGUUUGAGAUGAGAAUGUUUGUAAGAAUGAAAAGAUAUUGUCAAACAACUAAAAAUUGCUUAAACCUUCUUUUCUGGGGAUUAAUAAAUCCUUCAGGUGACUAGGAGUCUGUUUCCUGUUAUAUGAUUCCCUGUUUGUGUGCAUGUGCAUAUAAACAGUAGGUUUCUUGUCAAAGGAUCCUUCUGGGCUGUAACAGCCCUCCUCUUCCCCACAGUCUCCAGAAACUUCUUCACAUAUAACUUGGGUAAUGUGAGACGCUAUUUUAAAACGCUUGUUUUGCUUGGUGUCCACGCUGCUAGAAAAAAAACAUCGGCCCUGCAGUUGCUUCUGAUCAGAUCGACAGCAUCACAAAACCUGUUGGAAAUCAGUCUUCUUCCCCUCCAUCACAGCUGAUGUGCAGCUGUCUUCUUUGAAAUCACUGACUGCCUCCAACGCAUGUGGUGUUUGAAUGAGAUUCAGGUGUGUGGGUGUGGGGGGGGGGGGGGGAGAAAUGUUAAGCGCUGCAUUCAGGAAAUACGAUUGUGUGGAGAAGUGCUUAUGGAAUUGGUGGAUGUUUGUAUUUAUGCGUUUGUAAAGUAGUAUGUGGUAGUUAAACACUAUUUCUUUCUGUGCAAUUCUCCCAUAGAAAUCCCCAUGUUACCCGGAGGUGUAUUUAUUUAGUUUGCAUUAGAUGGCACAUUUGAUGUUUAGGUUCAGGGUAUUCUUCAUGUCUUUCUUAGGUUAAGGUGGUAAGUCUCACCUUCAUUUCAUAGAGG